AUGGUCCCUCCACGGGACGCCGGGGACGUCUUGUCCGCUGAUGACUACCUCUGGCCAAUGACGACGAUUCGGGAUGCACUCCUCCGUCCCGACGCCGAACGGCACAUCCCACGGGGCAAGCUUCGUCCCCUGCUCAAGUGGCAAUUCCCCCGCCUACACAAACCGUGGGCACCCUUCCCACCUGCCUCAGACGCUGCGCGAAAGGCACUUCAGGCCGCAUCCGUCACCGUCCCAGAUUCCACCGCCAAGUUCGACGUGGACGCUGGCUCGCGCGCGCUCGCAGUCCGCCUAUCUGACGAGGUCGGGCUCGAUGAGGUCACGUCCUUCCUACUCUGGAAGAGCUACGCCAUGCACUCGCUCGAAGACCUGCCUUCUGGCCCUGCCGAGGACGCAUUGUUCGAACGCCUCAUCGCUUGGUAUGAGCAGGAGCUCAUCGCUGUCCCGCAGAUUGUCAUGGCACUCCAGUUCGCUGGUGAAGACCUGGCAGACCUGCUGAAGGACGUGACGGGUGAGCAGGGAAAGUACAUUGAGGAGCUGUUCAAGGCGUUCGCGGUGCUUGCGCAGAAAUCUAUCGACGAGAAGCGCCUGAAACGAGGAUUAUACUGGGCAACGCUCCAGCUGCGACAACAGGAGACUCUCCUUGACCUCCUCUUCCUUGUCCUGUACCAGUUCACGACACGCCCUGCGGCAGUGUCUGAGGGCUUAAUCAAGGGCGCAGUCAUGUCACUCUUCGGGACACGGCAGGCGAAUCGCGAGGUGUGGGACCAGGACACUGAGUGUGAGCGGUUGAGUACGCGUGUGCGCGACCUUGUGCUCCUUAUUGCCAUCGAGUCGUUGUGUCUUGCGCAGAUCGUCUCUCCGGAGACCGAGGACGACAACACGUUCGGCGCGACUCUCAUCCACUCGCGCGACAAUAUCCAUGCCGUGCACCAGUUCAUUUUCGAGAACAGCGAAGAACUCAGCGACGCCCACCAGCCCGGGCCUGGCGUGCUCCCGGAGUGGCCCAUUGCCAUCCUCUGCCUCGGAUGGGCGAUUGUGCUCCGCUCCCUUCCACCAAAUCUACAGCCGCCCACCAACGACUACUUCCAACUCGAUACGAACGACAUGGACAGCGCCGAGAUCAUGACCUUCAUCGACAUGGCCAACCGCGCGCUGCGCAUCAGCUCUGGUCUGUUCCCGUGGCUCGAUGUGAUUCUGGCAGGCCCGCUGUACGAGACGUCCAAAGACGCGUUUAGCGGUGAUGUCGCGGACGACAUGGCCGCUCUCCGCCGCAGUCCAUUCAAGGACCUUCUCAUCGGCCUCGCCGACCUUCUGAGAAUCGACAACAUCCAGGACCGCCUCGGACUCUACCGCGUCUGGGAGCUCCUUUUCGGCGGCGGCAGCCGACAGGCCUCGACAUCGCUGUCCUCAAACUACUGGGCCGUUGACUUCGUGUUUGACAGUCGCCGUGCUAUCCUCGACCAGAGCAUGUUCCCGCGCCAGCCGCUGUACCUCUGCGGCGUCCUCGCUGCGCUGACCGGCGUCAGCUCCGAUGACGAGAUUGUGCUUGGAGACGCAACCACACACACUGUUACCGAUGUGUACCAGUACUUCUCCGACCUUCCGUUCGUGACCUUUGUUUCCCCGCCUGGGACGUUCAACUUCGAUGGGCGCGAGAACGGCUAUUAUGCUGUCGAGGCGGCCUGCGACAUCGAGCUGCCUGGCGGUAACAUCAUUCCCCGCCGGACACGGGGCGUUGUGCGCUCGGACCCUGAGGACGACGACACAGUCAUCAGUUGGCGUUUCAAGCAGCCCGCAUGGCCAUUGCUCCUCGACAUCCUCCGUGGCGCUACUGGACAGGUGCAGAAGGCUUCCAGUCGGCCCGUCGUGCGCCGCGUCACUCUCGAGGAGCUCGGUGUGUUAGGAGACUUGACUGAGAUCCUGCGUGCGGGCCUCAAGUUCCUCCGCUGCGUCCUCCGCUCCACCGAAGCUGCCGAGCACCUCGCUGCUGGCCAGAACGGAUCGUUUGGGCGGUCUGUCUUGGAGCUCGCCCUGAACAUCGCGGGUAGACGCGACGACGCCCUCGCGGCUCAGUACGCGAUCGACAUCCUUGAGUCACUCCUCCUCACCGGCGCCAACGACAUCUGGCAGCAAUUCCGCGGCUCCGGUUUCUUCGACUCAGCAUCGAGGAGACAGGGCAGCGUUUCCCAACUCAUCCAGAACGAUGCAAUGAGGGGCGAGCACGGACUAACCAUCACGCUACUGCGCCUUGUGCGCUCGCUGGUGUCUGCCAAUGCGGGCGAUUCGCUCGUCGUUCGCUCGGCCGUCAAGCUCGUGUUUAACGAAGUGUGGAGUCAAUUCUCGGGUUGGCGGUAUAGAGACGUGUCGAAGCGGUACGAAAUCGCGGCUCUGUUACUUGGCGUCUUUGACAGCGUGCUCCGCCACCCACUCGGCGAGGAUGCGUCCUCCCCUUCGCCUGCCGCCGCGUUCCUCAUCAACGUAUUUGUCAAGGCGGCCAGCCCACUCACGUACAAGCCUCUGGUUGAUGUGAUCACGCAAUCAUCGCAGCUUGUCACCAAGCUCAUCCAGUCGCGCCGGUGGUCCGACGCCAACACUGUGUCCUUAACCUUUGACAAUGCGGCGUCGCUUCUUGCGACCCUGGUCCGCCUCGGGCCGUCGCUCAGCGUCCCUACCAGUGCCCUCCCGUACUCGAUCUUUGCGUCCGCAGUCGUGCUUCCAGGCGGCAACCGCAUCCAGCUUGCCGACCGCCUGUUCGACCUCAUCGCAGACCCGUCCAUGCAGACAACGAGCCUCCGCCUCGUGCUCCGUCUCGUGCGCGUCUACCUCCUCACGACGCACAGCGGAACGCAGCGUCCGUCGUUGGCAGGCAUGCUCCGCCGGGCCGACUCAAGCAUCGAGAAGCUCGCCGACCUCGCAUUCACGUCUGCGGCCGAGGACGUCAAGCCUGACGCAUGGGCGCUUCUCGGGACAAUCAUCCGCACGCAGCCCGGCUGCGCAUCGUUCUGCAUCGGGCCCAAGGAUGACAAGGUCACCGGACCGCUUAAGAUGGCUGUCGAUGAGAUCGCCGGGUGGAAGGCGCUCAUGAACGACGCACCACGCGCGCUCGCGGCCGUCCUCGGCUAUCUGCAGGCCGUCCUCGACUCGCCGAGCGCUAGCAAGGGUGUCGCGGCGCUGCGCAAGGAAGACGCGUUCUGGCUGAGCGUGUACGACGUGUCCAUUAAGAACGUGCCCAAGCCCUCCUCCUUGGCAGAGGACGUCGUCCAGCGAGUCCAGGACUACGCGUAUGCGGUGGAAUCCAAGGCGAACGCAUCUGGCCUUCUUGCCGCCGAGCUUGCUCUUGUUCUCGACGCUGACGGGCCGGAGACCAAAGCGCUCAGCCUCGUGUUGUCCCUGUUCCGCAACCCAAACGCACUCGAGGACGUCGCUACUGGCGCCGUGCGCACGACGUGCGAUCCCGAGCUCCACGCGAACGAGGACGCCGCGCUAAAGGAAGAUGGUGUCCAGAUCGUGCGCCUGCGGACCAUCUGCCUUCCCGAGGAGCGCGAAUACGGUGUACAGUACUUAUACGACGGGCCGCCUGUAAUCCUGAACGACCACGAGAAGCAGGUGGCUGUGAACCGCUCUCUUGCAGUGCUCAACCUGAACUGGUCGCAGCUGGACGCAGACAUUGCCCUCACCAAGGCGUGGCGCCUGCUGGCUGAAAUUGCUUCCGAGUGGACGCAGGGCGACGACCUGUGUGCCAAGGCAUCUCUGCGCGCAGCCGCCGUUGUGUCGCACGAACUUGCCGACGAGGACCGCGGAGGCGACGUCAUGCUCGCAAUCCAGACUGAACGCCUGGCUAUCCUCGCGGUGCUCCUCGACGUCGCGCUCCCGCCUGAGAAGAACGCCACCGAGCCAGAUGUCGUCAAGGAGCUGGCCAAAUCGGUGCGCCGCAUCGUCGAGUCUCCGCUAUUCAACCCUCUCGUCUCCUUACGUCACCCUGAACUGCCAAGCAUACACCGCCCUGUGCUGCGCGUACUUCUGCGGCUGUCGCUAGCCAAGACGGGAGCUGCACAGGACGAAGUGAGCGAAGUGCUCUUCGGCUCCGGCGCCAGCUUCGCCAUGGAAUCUGCCGACUGCGUUCUCGACUGGAUUAUGCGCGGGCGUUCGGCAGCCGAGGUCGACCUCGGCCUUGUCGUCGCCCUCUUGUCUCAGAUGGGCCGCGCCCCGCUCGGCGUCUGGCUCGACAAGCUCAUGCAGGUCAACUUGAUCCCGCGCUCACUCGAGCUCAUCGUGCGCACCCGACCCGUUGACGGCGCCCUCCCCUCCCACUUCCAAACCAUCCUCCUCCUCCACCUUGCCAUCGCCAGUAAGACGCCGACUGCCGAGAAGCUCGCUGUUUCCGGCGUCCUCCAGGCGUACUCGGACAACGUUGUCGCCGUCGCCGCCGAGGCAGCCAGCAUUGACCCGUCCAAGGACGAAUCGCUUCACCACGCAUGGUGCGGCAUGCUUCUCACCGUCAAGGCCCUUCUCGGCAGCUUGGGCGGUAGCUUUGCCCGCUCCGACGUGGUGCCUUGGGUUCGCGUCGUGCUGCCACAAAUGCUCCGCGCACUCGAGUGGCACGAGAGGCCGCUCUCCCGGCCCGCACUGACCGAGAUGGGCCUCGUCGCAGACGUCUUCUACGGCCUCGCGGACACUGCCGGCGCUGGCCUCCUGGACGACUUUGCGCCCGCCGCGCUUGGCCUACUGAGGGGUGUGCGGUAUGCGCUCUCGCAUCCUCACCGCUUUGCGCUGCUGGUUGUGCCCGAGAGCGAGGAAGAGCACGCCGCGCUCGAGAUGGAACUGGAGGCAAUCGAGACGCAAAAGGACGACGUCAACCUCGUUGACGCGCGUACGCCCAUUGUCGCGGCCGCCACGCGCGGACUGGUGGAUACGACGCGCUGUAUCGUUACCGCACUUGUUCGGUUUACGCGCGCAUUCUCGCUUCUUGCCGGCGACGUCGAGCCCCAGCCUGAGCUGCUGCUCCCGUACGACGACGACGCAAUGGUCAGCACGUCGAGCGACCCGAUCGGCGUGAUCAACGACAUCUUCCUCCUCCUCCGCAACCUGGGUGAGCGCCUCGAUGAGGCUCAGCGUGUGCCCGCCGAACAGGGUGCCGAGGCGGCCGCCCUCCUCGCCGUCACCCAGCUUCUGGGACGGCGCACUCUCCAGCCCCACCGCUCCGAGAUGGACGUCGAUGUACCCGAGAAGCGGCGAACUAGCAUUGGCGAUCGAUCCGGCGGCGUGCUGCGUGAACUCAAGGGCGACGUGCGCUCCAUGAUCCCUGCGGGUGGGGGCUUGUUGGGAUACCUUCGGGGCAUUGCCGACACAGAGUUCGGAGACGCUUAA